CUCACUCGCCACUUGGCAGCUUGUUCCUAUACGCACCCGACCACCUACUACUCACCUGGCUCUCCCUGCGCUCGCUCUUUUAUACGGUUUGUCGCUGUUACACGGGCAACUCGCUGACGGAACCAACGACCACGUGGGCUCGUACUCGUCGCUGUCGAGGCAUACAGACGCCGAUCCAGUCAAGUAUAGCAAGAAGAGACAAAAAAAACAUAGGAGUGUUGGUCGCAAAGCGAACUCGAGCGGGAACAUCGGGAGCAGUAUAACAUACAAGUGACAAGUCAGACAAUCAGACAAGUCUUAUAUACACCGUAAAUCAAUUGCAAUAAGCAGUACAUAUAGCAGCAGGAGCAGCUCGUCCCAGCCCAAGCCGUCAAAGUGUCAUGAGAGGCAGUUUCACGGAGAUCCGCCCUUAUUGUCGGCCCCUCUUAGAGUCAUGCAUGUCGCGCCCCUUAAACGAGGAUCAGGUAGCCCGUGCGAUCAACAGCAGCAGCAGCAGCAGCAACGUGGUAAUCAGCAUCCGAUUGGCAAUGGCGAGCAAACGCCGGCGGCGAACCUGCGCAUGCGCAACAAUUGCUGGUCCAAGGCCGAGCUCGCCGAGGAAGGCCGGCUCCCAGCCCAAAUUCAGCAAUCACCACCACCACCACAACAACAACAACUACAACAAACGCAGCAGCAAGAACAGCAGCCGACGGGCGGGCCUGGUCUGGGGAAUGACCAAGACGGGGGUGGAGGGUGCCGAGGGCUGGCGGGGCAGGACCCAGAGAAGGACGACCCUGUUCACCUCAAGAGACGGGUGGGACUCGUCAGUGGGGUGGCUCUAAUCGUUGGCACUAUGAUCGGCUCCGGAAUUUUCGUAUCGCCGACCGGUCUCUUGACAAGAACCGGCAGCGUCGGCAUGAGCUUCGUCGUGUGGACGGGCUGUGGCCUGCUGAGUCUCUGCGGCGCGUUGGCGUACGCGGAACUCGGCACGAUGAACACGAGCAGCGGCGCCGAGUACGCGUACUUCAUGGACGCUUUUGGCGCCCCGCCGGCCUUCCUCUUCUCCUGGGUGUCGACCCUCGUCCUCAAGCCCUCGCAGAUGGCCAUCAUCUGCCUGUCGUUCGCCCAAUACGCCGUCGAGGCCUUCGCCGCCGAGUGCGACCCGCCCACCGAGCUGGUCAAGCUCGUCGCCCUCCUCGCCAUCGUACUCAUUCUCCUCGUCAAUUGCUACAGCGUCAACCUGGCCACCGGCGUCCAGAACGCCUUCACCGCGGGCAAGCUCAUCGCCAUACUGGUGAUCGUCGCUGGGGGCUCGUGGAAACUCUUGCAGGGCAACACCCAACACCUGAGACGGCCCUUCGACCUGAUCGAGGAGCUGGCAGGUGACGACGAUCCGGCCAAGUCGGUUUUUAACCUUGGCAGGUUGGCCACUGCCUUUUACACCGGGCUAUGGGCUUACGACGGCUGGAACAACCUCAACUACGUGACCGAGGAGAUCAAGGACCCGUCCAAGAACCUGCCUCGGUCCAUCAUGAUCGGCAUACCGUUGGUCACCCUGUGCUACGCCCUCAUCAACGUCUCUUAUCUGGCGGUCAUGUCGCCCCUCGAGAUGAUCGGUAGCGAGGCCGUUGCCGUGGUAAGUUCCUUUUUUUUUUUCUCUUGUCUUUGGGUUGCAGGGUAAUUUUAAAAAUAAAAUAAAAAUACA